AUGGCAGCCAAAUAUAAUGUGGAAAUCACGCCUGCAUCUGUUGUGAAUGAAGAUUCUGUUAAUAAUGAAGUUUUAGGAGAGAAUUUUCACUAUUUUUCUAUUUUAGAAAUUCCCAAGAAAGAAAUUCCCAAGAAAAAAACUCCCAAGAAAAAAAAUACUUGUUGUGGUAAUGAAACAAAGUCGGUAAUGUUCAUGGGGCCUAUAAAACAAGUCAACCAGGAUGACUUUGAGAAGUGGCUAAGAGAAAUCACGCCGGUACCAUUUGUUCAUAUAAUUAAGAAACCUUUUAAUGGAUAUGGACAUAUACAUUUUGAUUCUUAUAUGGAGUCAAGUAUGUUCUACAAUUCGAUGAAAAAUAUAAACAAAGAAAGUCCGUACGGCGCGAUUCGGUUUGUUGCUGCGCAGUUUUUCUCAUCCAAAAAUAAAGUAACUUAUAUAAGUGAAGGAGAUUACGGAAAUCCGAACCAGAUUACUGUAGAAAGCAGAAAAAGGAAAUUAAUCGAAGUUAACGAUGAAGUUGACAAGCAGCUGCCAUAUGACAUUUAUGAGACCGAGAGUGAAUAUGUUAUUGUUGUAGACACUCCUAGUGUUAAAGACAAACAUGAGCUUUCAGUUUCCAUCUCGAAUGAUCGUACGAUCUGUAUCAAAGGAAAUUUCUCUCGUAAAACGAUUCCUGGAAAAAAACUAAAGAGUGAAAUUCCACUUCCUUUCGGAAGACUCCAACGCGAAAUUAAUUUGGCGAAAAAAAUUGACUCCGAGUCUGUGGAAUUAAAUGUCGAAGCUGGUGUAACUACAGUAAAUAUAAGAAAGUCAUCAGAAAAUUUGAAAUAA